GAGAACUAUCGCAUUCCUUAUUCUCUGAUUUGCUUUUCCGUCUUCUUCUCUCUGUCCAAAAUUAUUUCGCACAAAAAACUUUCCGAUGGCCACUGCAGGAACCAAGAUUCUUUUCAUCGGAGGCACCGGUUACAUUGGAAAGUUCAUCGUUGAAGCGAGCGUCAAGGCUGGCCACCCCACUUACCUACUCGUUCGAGAGUCUUCUCUUUCCAACCCAGCAAAAGCACCCAUCAUUGAAAAAUUCAAGAGCUUGGGCGUCACCCUUGUUUUGGGAGAUCUGUAUGAUCACGAGAGUUUGGUUAAGGCAAUAAAGCAGGUUGAUGUGGUUAUCUCUACCGUUGGUCACAUGCAGUUAGCUGAUCAAAAUAAGAUCGUUUCUGCAAUUAAAGAAGCUGGAAAUGUUAAGAGGUUCAUUCCUUCAGAGUUUGGAAAUGACGUGGACAGGACUCAUGCUGUGGAUCCAGCAAAGAGUGCAUUUCAGGUGAAGGCCAACAUUCGCAGAGCCAUUGAGGCUGAAGGAAUUCCCCAUACCUUUGUGUCGGCCAAUUUCUUUUCUGGUUUCUUCCUUCCCUCUUUGUCACAGCCUGGAGCCAAAUCUCCACCUAGAGAUAAAGUAGUUAUUCUUGGGGAUGGAAACCCCAAAGCUGUUUUCAACAAGGAAGAAGAUAUUGGCACCUACACCAUCAAAGCUGUUAAUGAUCCAAGAACCUUGAACAAAAUUCUCUACAUCAGGCCUCCAGCCAAUACCUUGUCUUUUAAUGACCUGGUUUCUCUUUGGGAGAAGAAGAUUGGUAAGACUCUUGAAAGAGUCUAUGUUCCAGAGGAUCAAGUCUUGAAACAAAUUCAAGAGUCCCCAGUACCCAUCAAUGUGGUCCUGUCAAUUAGUCACUCUGUCUAUGUGAAAGGAGAUCACACUAACUUUAAAAUUGAGCCCUCAUUUGGAGUAGAAGCUUCAGAGCUCUAUCCUAACGUCAAAUACACCAGUGUGGAUGAGUUCCUUAAUCAGUUUGUCUGAGCAAAACAUGCCCAGUUAUGUCCUCUGUUACGAAGAAAUAAAAAAUAAUCAUGGAGUAGUACGUAGUGCAUGGUGAUGUUAUAAGAUAGGCACUACUCCAAAUUUUAUUUCACUGCUUACAUAUAUGUCAAUCUUAAGUUUAAAAUAAAUAACACUACGACAUUAGUGUAAUACCAUUGCCCUUAAUCCAUGCCUGUUUGAAAUAUUUCAAGGCAUUAUCCUUUGAAUAGUAUGCUAAACACAU